AUGGCACCGCGGCGGCCGAGAGGUACGGGGCGGAAGAAGAUCGAGAUCCGGCCCAUCGAGAGCGAGGCGGCGCGGCAGGUAUGCUUCUCCAAGCGCCGCACGGGGCUGUUCAAAAAGGUGAGCGAGCUGUCCACCCUAUGCGGCGCCGAGGUGGCCGCUGUCGUCUUCUCCCCAGGAGGCAAGGUCUUCUCCAUAGGCCACCCUUCCGUCGACUCCGUCCUCGACCGCUUCCGCACCUCCUACUCUUCCGAGGCUCAGACCGUGGCGGCGGUGGACGGCGGCGCCGGUGACCGGAACCCGGCGCAGGCGGAGCUGAACCAGAAGCUUGACGAGCUGCAAGCGCAGCUGGCCGCGAUCAAGGCGCGAAACAAGGCCAUCGAUGAGUUCUUGGAUAAGGCGCGCGCCGAGGGGUGCCAGGCGGCGGCGUGGCUGGAGCAGGCCAACGACGUGAGCCAGAUGAAGGAGGAGGACCGGGCUGCCUUCGCGGCCGCGCUGGCGAAGCUGCGCGCGGACGUGGCGGUGCGCUGCGACCAGGUUCUCCGGGAUGUGCUGCCCGUUGGCCGUACUGUGGGUGGCGGCGGCGAGUUUGAGCUCGGUGGCACCAGCGCGAGCGGCGGGAUGGAGAUGACGCAACAUCAGCUGAUGAUGGAGUUGGUACAGCAGCAGGGGAAGCAACAGCAACAGAUGAUGAUGGAGAUGCCGCCGCCUCCACAAACGGGGUUCGUCGACGCUGGAAUGGAGCAGCAGCAUCAGAUGAUGAUGGGGAUGUUGCCACCGCCGCCAGUGCUGGGGUUUGACACCGGAAUGGAGACGGUAAAUCAGGGGUUUGGGCCGCACGGCUUCCCCCAGAGAGGACACGAUGAGAUCGAACCCGACACCAGUCGUACCUAG